GUACAUGUAAAGCAUGCUCUAACAGUAUAUCUUCCUCUGUCUGGCUCUCUGCAGCUACUAGCUCACUCCAUAAGUAGCAAUCAAUACUAGUUAGAACUUAUAACAGCAGCAAGAAUUAAGAAAGCCUCCAGAUCGACGGAAAUGGAUGCAACCUCCGCGGUGGAGCUUCUCGAGGCCCAGCCCCGAGUUUGGGAUCACAGCUUGAGCUACAUCAAGGCAAUGACCCUCCAAUGUGCAGUCGAGAUGGAGAUUGCAGAUGUCAUCCAAAGCCAUGGCGAGCCAAUCGCUUUAAGCGAGCUAGCUGCUGCUCUCGAAAUCUCCGCGGCCAAGGCUCCAUUCCUCUCUCGCCUCAUGCGCAUGCUCGUCCACAUGGGCUACUUCACACAACUCGAGCAACCGAUACCAGAAGGAGGCAGAGGAGGAGGAACAGAGGUGCGUUACUGGGUAGCUCCCCUGUCUCAACUCCUCUUGAAGAACAACCCAUUCAACGCCAGAUCACUCGUGAUCUGCUUGAACCAUCCCAAUGUGGUGGAUCCCUGGCGCAACAUGAGCGCUUGGUUUCGUAGCAGCAACGACGACAACAUCAUUCAUGACGCGGUUGAACAAUCACCACCACCCCCUCCACCGUUCGCGUUCGCUCACGGUGGCAAGAAGCUGUACGAGGUCUGCUCUGCAGACGCAGGAUUCGGCCAAUUGCUGGCCGAAUCGAUGGGGGGAGACAGCUGGAUGUUCAGCAGAGCCAUGGUGGCAGAGUGUAAGGAAGCAUUCGAAGGCUUGAGCUCGCUUGUGGACAUCGGUGGAAGCACCGGAACCACUGCCAAGGUCAUUGCUCAGGCCUUCCCAAGCAUCCACUGCACCGUGUUUGAUCUCCCUAAUGUCGUCGCUGCAGCAGCGUCUGCAGAAUCCCUACCCAAUUUGGACUACGUCGGCGGCGACAUGUUUACCGACGACAUCCCUCCAGCUGAUGCACUGCUCUUCAAGUGGGUGCUGCUCGACUGGCCGGACGAAGCUUGCUUGAAAGUGUUGAAGCAGUGCAGGAAAGCAUUGUUGAGCAGUAAGAAUGGCGGGAAGGUGAUGAUUGCAGACCAUGUUCUGGGCCAUGGGAGUUGCGGUGGGAACAGCGCGACGGGAGCAUCGUCGUCGUUGCUGUUGGACCUGAUGCUGAUGGCAGUGGCUGAAGGUUGUUUGAGAAGUGAGAAACAGUGGGGGAAGCUCUUCUCCGACGCCGGAUUCUCCAGCUACACCAUCGCUCCGGUGGCCGGAUUACGAAGUCUCAUCCAAGUCUACCCUUGAUCAGAUUGGUCACAAAGCCUAGUCGUGAAUUGAGUAGUGCAUCGGUACUACUGCCAAAUGGAUCGAUCAUUCAUCUGUCUGUAUGUUUGUGUUGGGUUUCUUGCAUUAUUAGGAGCUUCCACUUCUAUGUUCAUCAAUCAUCAACACUGGUGCUUUCAUAGUGUCCGUUUACAAAAAUAAAUAAAAAAGUGUUAGUGUGCAAACUAAAUUGAUACGUUUAAUGUCGUUAUAUAAAUUUAGCUUGUACCUAUAUUUUUUCGUAUAAAUUUAUUUAAGAUUCAAAAUAAAUUUGUACUUUAAUUUUAACAUUCGGUGUGGUACAAACAAACAUAGAAGUGGGUUUCAGGGUUCGAUUCGUGGGUCGGAUUAGCAAUAGGGAUAGCCCAUUUAGUGGUUAGAAAGACCCUUUCUUUGUCUCCGACUAUGUGUCGUUUGUAUGAUUUUCGUGCCUGGAUUGGGUCCAGGAUGUAGUCCGUGAUCUUUUUCUUCAAUUAAUUGAUUAUAUUUUGUUAAAAAAAACGAGGAAAGAGAAAAACUACGGACACCAAAUGAACUCUGCAUAUAUUAUAGAUAUAAUCCAUCUUAAUACAAUCUACAUAUCAUCUACAUUUAGUUAUAUUUAAAUAAAAUACCAUUUUACAAAUAAAAUGACAAACUUCUACCUAUCAACUUCUAAAUGUUCAUAUUUGAAUUCAACAAAUUAUUUUUUAUUUAACUUUUUCCUUAUUAAUUCUCACAAGAUGUCAUUUUGUUUCGAAAUAAAAAAAAAAUUUAUCAUUGGAUCAUACCACUCUUUUUUUCCAAUUUUGAUUGAAUUUGAUUGUUUUACCUAUAGUGUUAUACUGAUGGUCAUCCAACCAAUACCGAUUGGAGAUUGUGGAAAUAAAUUAGCGAAUCACGAAAAUUUGGUUUUAUUGGUUACUUGAAAGUAUAAAUAAUUUUGUUUAUUAGGUGUAUCAUUAAUUGGUUUCAUUGGUUAGCAGUGUUGAAACCAAACCAAACCACCUAAACCAAAUAAGCUAAACUGUAUAACCAAACCAAACCAAUUAUCCAAAUUAACCAAACCAAAUUAACCAAAUACUACCGGUUAAUAUGAUUACCACGGUAACCAAUCCAUUUGAACAUCGGUGGCCAAUAUAUAAUUGGCGAAUUA